UAUUUCUCCAACUUUGCAUUUUCCUUCUGCACUAAAUAGUGCAAAAGGAAGAUACAAGUUAUGAUUAUACAUUCGUAUGACGGCUGUACACUUAUGUAUAUAUUUAAAUAGUCUUCACACGUGAUCAUUCACAUGUUACUAGCUAUGCUAUACAUAAGUGUCGAUCUUGUUUUUAACGUCGACACAACGUGUACGACGUCAAAUAAAAAUAAAAAUAAAUUCUUUUAUACAUAUAUAUAGGCGUGUUUCUGUAUUGUAUUCUGUAUCAGAACUAUAUUCGCUAUAGCGUUUCUAAUCUUUUCUCCAUUCUACUAAUAAACUUACUCACGCACAAUCAAGUUUGACAUUCAAUAUACACAUCACAAGAUUCACAGAUUACUACGAUCUUUUUGAUUAGUCUUAAGUGCAAAUUUCUAAGGUCAUUUUGUUAAAAACACACAACUUGCUACUCAAAGUUGGUUCUCUCAUUAUGCUUCUGAGGAACCUGGAUGCUCCAAGACUAUGCAAUGGUACAAGAUUGUAUGUAAAAAGUCUGAUGCCUUAUGUUAUCGAAGCAACCAUCCUGACAGGCUGCGCAAAGGGUGAGGACGUCUUCAUACCACGAGUACCCAUGAUUCCUACUGAUAUGCCGUUUGAGUUCAAGCAUCUUCAGUUUCCAGUACGUCUUGCCUUCGUGAUGUCCACAAUAAGGCUCAAGGACAAUCACUUAAGGUUGCUGGUAUUAAUCUAGAGACUCCUUGCUUUUCCCAUGGCCAACUUUAAGUGGCGUGUUCAAGAGUCGGAACUGGAAAAAAUUUAUAUAUUUUUGCUCCUAACCGGCAACAUUGUAUAUCAAGCAGCUUUGCAAUAAAAAUUGUUUUACAUUGGACAGUUUCUCUUAAAUAAAAAUCGUUUUAUAUAGAAAAUUGAAAAGAAAAAAGAUAUUUAUGAAAAUCUCAAAAUAUCCAAAACUAAAAGUUGAGAAGGAAAAGAUCCAAGCAUAUUGUGCGAUAUCCCCGAUUGGUAAUCCAUAGACGACCAUAGCGAAGUCGCCUUCUCAUACGUCAAACAUGUACUAUCAAAUUAUCUAGACCGACAUCGGGUACUUCCGCUAGUUGUUAAUAAACCAAAUAUUGCCAUAAGUAAUGGAGGUCCAAAGUGAUCACCCAUCAAUUUUUUUCGAUUUUCUUUCUUUCUUUCUCGCCUAUAUACACAAGCAUAUAGUGUACUAGAGGAGUGCCUCCGCUUUCUAAAUAAAACAUUUGUACAUACAAGUGAAGAUUGGAACAAGUUAGAUGGAGCCUAACAUCCUCCUUGUCUAUAUUCCCUUAUUCGUGUUUCUUAGUCUCUUGGAUAUAUUAAAUAAUUAUUACCAUGUGUGAAUUGUUUAGAUACAAAUAAUCCGGCAUCUAAUGAUAUAGGAAAGAAUAAUGUUAAGACUCAUUUGAGUGAUGAACGAGCUCCGCAAUAUUUCUAUCGAUGUGGAAACGACAGUGUGGCACAUGCAAGAUAUUUUCAAGAUCCAGAACAUUUUCGUGUCAUUUGUGAAAUGUUAAUGAGAGUUCAAUAUCGUGAAUGUGACAGAGAGGAAAGAGGAUUGAAAGGGUAUCUUUCAUAUGUGUUUUAUACAAGUUCACCUUAUCUUAUUGUCUGGGCAUCAUUUGAUCGUUAUUGUUCUACUUCACAACAUAUUCGUCUCCGUAAAUUUAGUGAUUUAUACGUUGUUCGUCGUGUUAUACCACUAACAUUUGUUUUCUUCCUAAUUAUGUAUAUUCCUAUUUUGAUCUUUUAUGAUAUUGGACCUUUAAAUAAUGUCUGUGGAGUACAAAAUGCAUUAUUCUAUCAAAUAUUUACUUGUUAUAUAUUAGUUUUAUAUGGUAUUGGACCUCCGUUACUUAUGGCAAUAUUUGGUUUAUUAACAAUAUGGAAUAUCAGACAAAACCGUCAACGAGUUAUGCCAAUCGCAAAUGUGUUAUCAUCGACGAAACGACGAACCGAUGGUCAACUAUUUCAAAUGUUAAUGCUUCAAAUAUUAUCCUAUAUUGUCUUAGUUAUCAUGUCAAUGAUUAUGUGGUUUUUAUCGACAAUUAUUCAAUCACCAUCACCUGUAUUUAUAUUUGUGUUUAAAAUAACAAGUAUUCCACUUUGCAUGAAUAAGCAAGCUAGUGCUGAUAACGGUGAGCGUGAAACAGUAGAUGAUAGUCCUGAACUUGAAGGCAAUGAUGUUGUUGAUGAAGCAAUGCAAGUAUAUAAUAACAAUGAUUAUAGUAUUGUUGAAAGAAACGAUGAUGAUAGUGUUCAAGAAAAUGGUGUUGAUGGUCAAGCAGGAGCUUUAGAAAGUAAUAGUGAUUCAGAUAGUGAAAUAGGAGUAGAAGAUACAGAAGAUCCUCGAAGUAAAUUUAAUUUUAGUACACAUUCAUGUUUACAAUCUACAGAUUUAGAAAAUCAUGUUUUACAUCAAAAAAUAGUUAGUCUAGCGUCAGUAGAACAGAAUAAACCUUUGUCUGUAUUGAAAGAUCUUACUAUUGAGGCUUUAGCAUUUUCUCAUAUCUUUCCAGAUGGUAAAGAUACAUUUAACAAUCCGCGUGUGAAAAGCCUAUCUUUUUCUUUAUAUUGUAAUAAACGUCUUUUCAGUGCUGAUCCACGUUUCGCAGAGGAUGCUGUGUAUAAAACAAUUUCCGACAAAGAUCGUAUAAUUGUUGGACAAGUCAGAGAUGAUGAAACUUUGAGACACUUGAUGAGAAAUGAUAUGGUGUUUAGACGUUUACAGUAUGUAAGAUAUACGGUCGUUUAUGGCUGUCGUAAUCAUCGUCCUGAGACUCUUUCAUGUGAAGACAUUUUAAAAGAAAAAUUAAGAAUAAUUAAUGCUGCAAUGAAUGAACUUGAAGAUAAAAGAGAAUUAACAUGGGCUGAUUUUGAUCGACUAUUAGAAGAAAAUGAGAUGCCUUAUGACGACUAUUUAUUAGUAUUACGAGCUGUUCAUAAAAGACCUAUUGUGUUAUAUAAACGUGCACCAAAUGCUCGAUGGAUUAAUCGGUAUAAUGAAGGAUUGCUACGAGCAUGGAAAGAAGUAUUGAUAUUUAAUCUCUCUUAG